AUUAGAGUGCUGUCAAGUUUACACUGGAGCACACUGAUAUUUGUCCACUGAUGCAAGAGAGUCAAAUAGUGAUCAAAGCAUCUGGUCUGAAGCUGCGGUUCUGCACUAACGAAACCCAAGCAACCCGGGAGGGCUUUGUGAAGAAGCUCCAGGGCAUGGGCUUUGACAUCUCUGUGGCUGAAGUCACUGCUCCAGCACCAGCAGCCUGCCGCAUUUUGAAGGAGCGCAGCCUGAGGCCACACUUGCUCGUGCACAACGAUCUUGUCCCUGAAUUUGCUGAGAUUGAUAAAACAAACCCCAACUGUGUGGUUAUCGGAGAUGCAGCAGAAAACUUCACAUAUGGAAACCUUAAUGAAGCUUUCCGAGUUCUGAUUGGGAUGGAGAAGCCCGUUUUGAUCUCCCUUGGAAAAGGACGCUACUAUAAAGAAACCGAUGGUCUGAAACUUGAUGUUGGAGCAUAUAUGAAGGCAUUAGAGUAUGCUUGUGAUGUUCAAGCUGAGGUAGUGGGAAAACCAGCAAAAACGUUUUUUGAGUCGGCCUUAGCAGAAAUGGGAGUUCCACCACAGCAGGCCAUCAUGAUUGGAGAUGAUAUUGUGAAUGAUGUAGGAGGUGCCCAGCAGUGUGGGAUGAGAGCUCUGCAAGUGCGGACAGGGAAGUACAGGCCUUGCGAUGAAAACCACCCCCACGUGAAGCCUGACGCGUACGUGAACAACCUCGCCGAAGCGGUUGACAUUAUCCUCCAGCAGCUGUAAAACCGCCGGCGCCGCGGGCGAUCGGAAGGGACGGGGACGAGGCCUCGCUUGCAGCCCCACCACGAGACCCCUUCGUCCUCUCCACCCUCCACCUGACACGAACAGACCCACACCCAGCCUUGCCCGGGGUGGUGAACACCUGCGCUCCUAAAUAUUUCACCUAACGCUGCUAAAAUUGAUCUGCUGACCUCAUCAAAGGGAACGCCAACCCUGCUGUCCUCUGGCACAUCUUGAACACCUUCUGAAAUCAGCUCUCCCAAAACAGAGGCU